ACACUGCUGUAUAUAAUGGGCACGUGCUGGGUGUGUAAACACUGGCGCAACAAGGUAAACACAACACGACGCAAUAUUUUGUCGGAAUUUUAGCUGGUUUUUUCGCCUGGUUCGCGGCGCAGUAAUCAACCGAAACUAUCGCUCAAAAUAAACUUAAGAUACUGACGAACGUUUAUCUAAUCGUGUUCAAUAAGAAUCAAACGGAAUUCGGUUGGAAAAAAUACAGAAUUUAAUAUAAAAAAAGGGGGGUGGCGGGUUGAUCGAAACAAAAACAAAAACAAAAACAAGGAGCUGAACUAAAAACAAAAACAAAAAGGAGAAGAAUUUUUUUUGGGAGAAAUUCACCUGCUCCUCACCUCGUGAGCCGAUUACCUGAUGACGUGGACGGCGAAGGCGAAGGCGAAGGACAGCGAAAGGACAGGAUAUAUACAUAUUUUUCCAGUGCACCAGAUGCAUACACAUACACAAUUAGGCCCAAGCAAAAUGCAGCGGGAAACCAGUUUGUUGUUGUUGUUUUAGUUGUUGUUGCAGCAAAUAAGUUGCAGCAUAAAGAAAAAAAAAUCCUGCUCUUUUAAGUACAAAGUCAAAAAGUAAAAAAAAUAAAUAAAAAAAAGAGGUAGCAACUGCAAAAAAGGGCCAAGAAGGUGCGACAACAACGACAAAAAAGUUGUUUGUCAACUUGUUGCCAAUGUUGCAGCCACAAAGUGGCUGGCUGUACAAGCAGCUACAGCAGCUAAACAUCGCCAGUGGCCAUUGCGGUACCGCCGGCCCAGGAACAGGAUAAAAAAACAAGAAACUAUCUCUUUAAAAAACAACAAGCGAACAGGUGGAAAAGAGGACACACACAGGACUUCCCGACUACCCUCCUUCAAGGAUCAUUAAGGGAUACACAUACAUACGUACGUGUUCUGGAACAUGACAAAGUUUUCAAUAAUUGGAUUUAACCUUGAUUGAUAUAUGUAUCUACUUUGGAAUAUUCCAAUAUACAAAAUACACUUCAAAAUAAAAUCAGAGGAAGAGAAAACAAUUUCAAGAGAAACUUUAAAAGAAAAUAAUUGAGAAAACAGCCAUGUCUACCGUAACAAGAAGCGCCAGUGCCAGUCCAAUGGCUCUAAAUGGCAUCGAUCCUAGUAUGUUCCCCCUCAAGUCCACCGCCGACGUGGUGAAUCUCUUCCGGCGCGCUUUAACCUCUGGAAUUGAGCCCGAUCUGACUCUGCUCUCCAUUGUCGUGGGCUACAUCGAACUGUCACUGACCACCGGUGAGGCGGCAGCUCAGGCAGCCCAGGCCGCAGCCGCAGCAGCAGCAGGUGACAUCAGUCAGGCCGGGACAGGUGGAAGCGACGUCAUCAUGGGCAACACUGUUCCCUUCCCGGUAGUGACCCACGAACUAAUCGCCGGGUUGUACAAGAAGUUCCAAACAAUCUUGUCGGUGGUGGACAAGCCGAAGCCCCAUCGCCAGGCCACACGCGAGGUGAUCAAGAAGGUGUCGGACGUGAUCUGGAACUCCCUAAUCCGCAGCAGCUACAAGGAUCGAGCGCAUCUGCAGAAUCUCUACAGCUACCUAUCCGGCAACAAGUUGGACUGUUUUGGAGUUGCUUUGGCGGUGGUGGCCGGUUGCCAGUUGCUGGGCUACAAGGAUGUGCGGCUGGCCAUAUCGGAGGAUCAUGCCUGGGUGGUGUUUGGCCAAAAGCGAGUGGAGACCAUCGAGGUGACAUGGCAUGGCAAGGGCAGUGAGGAUAAGCGCGGGCAGGACAUACGCCCAGGCAUUGAAUCGGGAUCUUGGCUGUAUUUGGGUGGCCUGGCAGUGGUUUGUGAGCGCGGAAUGGAGGUGGCCGCCAUCUGCGCUGCUCUGAACAUCUCUCUCACCGCGAAUAGUGAUUGCGUCGAAGUGGCCGACCUCCAGCAGCAGUUGUUGUGGCUCCUCUACGACCUGGGCCACCUUAAACGCUAUCCCAUGGCCCUGGGCACCCUCGGCGAACUGGAGGAGAUCCAUCGCACCCAUUCAAGCAUUAGUUGCGAGCAGCUCUACCGCGAAGCCAUUGAAUCGGCAAGGACCCAUUACCGGAACCAUCAUGUCUAUCCGUACACCUACCAGGGGAAUUACUACAAUCGCUUGUUAAAGUACCGGGAUGCUUUCGCCGCCUGGGCCAACGCUGCGGAUGUGAUUCGUUUGUACACGUAUCAGUGUCGCGACGACGAGGAGAUCUACAAGGAGCUGCUGGACAUCGCCAACGAGCUGAUUCCAUAUGUUAUGAAGACGGAGAGCUCGGGCCAUUCGGCAAGGAGUAUCCUGCGGGAUGCCGAAGUAUUUGCUAACUUAUUGAGAUUCUACGACGGCAUCUGUCAGUGGGAGGAGGAUAGUUUGACGCCCAUUCUGCACAUCGGCUGGGCCAAGCCACUCGUGAACAACAUCACCAAGUUCGACUAUGAUAUAAGAUCCCAGGUGGUCAUCAAGCUGCCCGAGGACAUGGAGACGGAGCAGGCGAAGGCACAGGCUCAAGCCCAGGCCGAACAGGAGGCUAAGGAAACGAAGGAAGCUGCCGGAUCAGAGGCUCUGGAGGGUAACAACAAUAUGGUUGUGAAAAAGGAGGAGAAAUCCAAGAACUCCGAAUUGCCAACCACUUUGGCAGACUUGACGGCUGCCUGUGGCGAGAAGAUUCUCAAUCCGGAUUUCCUCCUCCAAGGCGGGGGACAGCCCUUUGCCGAUCAGAAGCAGCAAUCUGCAGAGAGGGAGACGGAUAUUUCCGAGCCCAUCCUCAACAAUAACAACAACAACAAUAGCAACAACAACAACCACAAUGCUGAAAAGGAGGCUAAUAAAACAACAAACACAACAAGCAAUGGAAGCAAUGGAAGCGGAAAAUCUGUCCAGUUGCCAGUUACUAGUGAGGCUAGCAACGCCAGCCAAGCCCCGGGCACAACCCCAGUCCAACAACAAGAGAAACUACAGCACAAAGAAGCUAAAAUCGAGAAGACGAUCGAUGACUUUGAUCCAUUUGAGAUAAUGCUGAAGAAGCCGGUCAUCACCCUCUACAGCCAGAAGAUGAAGGGUCUCAAGGAUCUGCUCCUGGCUGAAAAGCUCAACACCCACGCCAUAUCUCUCCAGGUGACGGCUCAGUCGGUGGCCUCCCGGAAAGUUCGUGGAGUGGAGAAGCACUCGGCCACCAUUUCAGCCACCAUCACAGCAAUUGCCUCCAACUCGGGCGAAGGACUUCUAGCGGGUGGUGGUGCGACUGGUGGAAGUGGAGGGGGAGGAGGUGCAGCAGGAGGAUCUACUGGAGGAGCAUCUCUGGGAGCAUCAUCGUCGCCUGGCGGAGACUCGAUAGCCGCCUCGCGACCGAAAAGAACGCGGCGCGAGUAAUCGAAAUAAAUAUUGGAAAAAGUCGUAAUUAUCAGGUGCGAAAGUUAGAGUGGAUCGAGAUGGCUUGAAUGGCUGAUCUUCGAAAGCAUUUUAUUUUUCUAAAAUCUUCUAGUACAACAACUCGAUGAGUGCUUAGCAAAUGUCAGUGUACAAAAAACAAUAUUUUAAACAAUUUGAAAUUUGAAAGAAAUGCUACAGAGUGUCAGGGCCCGAUCCGUUUCGAAGUAUCAAUUUCAAGCCAUUUCGAGCGAACUCUAACCGAUACCUUGCAUAUAUAUCUAUGGUAUAAUAUUUUUGAUGUUUUAUGUGUAUUUAUAUAGUUCGUAAGCGCGUGAAAAAAAAGCAAAAAACAAAAGAAAAACAAGCCGUUGGAGAACGCUUAGCGUUUUAAAAAAAAAACAAAAGAAAUUUAAACAAAAAAAACAGAAACACAGAGAAGCCCCAAAACAAAACACACACCAGCACACACGAAAUUAUAAGCUAUACUAAGUAUUUAUAUAAUGUAUUUUUAUCUGUUAUCCUUUUACUCCUUGUAUUUAUUGCUAAAACUAUGUAUUUCUUUGUACUUUUGGUUUCUUAUUAUUUUUUAAGCGUAACUUUAUUGGUGCUCUUCUAAGAAACGAAAAAAAUUUUCAAUAUUUACUUUGAAGCAUUUUAUCGAGGCUAAGCUAAUUGAUUUUACUAAUUUAAACCAUUAUACCCCCUAAUCUUUAAGAAUAACUUUUUUUUUUGCGCAAUUCCGCAAACCGCGAUACUUUGUUACAAAUCUUUAAAAAGCGGGACAAAAUAGUCGAGAAAACCGUACGGAAAACAAAAGAAUUACAUAUUUAACACUUCCUCUAUAUGUGAUACAACACUUUUUCUAGAAAAGCUUUCAUAUUAUCUUAUAAAACUUAAUAGAAUAGACCACAACACUUCACUCCACACUCUUGAAAAGAACACAAUAACGACAAUGGGCAAUGGGCGAGAGCGUAAGAGGGCGAAUUGUAAGGAUUGUAUGGGGAUAGUCCAGUAUGUCCUAUAUAUCCUAUUUGUAUAUCCCGAUUGUCACCCCCAUUUAGAUACUGCAAUUAUGAAGAAAAUCGGAGCUUGUACCCCAUUGUUAAACGAUGAUAAUAAUUGCAUUGAAUUUAAUUUGAUUUGUGCGUAGAGCAUCUGUGAUGAAAAAAAAUGAAAAAUAAUGUAUGAAAGUGGAGAGUUAAGGGAGAAGGUAUGGAGUUAAGAUUGAAAUAAUGGUAUAGAGCCCAAGACAGCACACAAAAAACUGAACAAGAAUAUUACUAAUCGAAUGUAUGGUGUUUUAUUCCUCAUAUACGACAGUGACAGACUAAAAAGAAAAUACAAAUGAAAUCAAAAAACUAUUUAAUUAUGUAUUGUAGAUUUUGCGAACCGCAGCAACUAAAUGUUAUAAAUGUUGAACUACAGUUAUAAACUUACAUCUAAAUGUAACCUAGAUGACAUAAACAACAAACAAACAAAACAACAAAUGGAUAUAGAUAUAUUUUGGCAUACAAAAUUUUUACCAUUAAGUAAGAGGAAAAAUUAAGGAGGCUUUUCUUUUUAUAAUUAUUUACCAACAAACCUUUUGGACAACGAAAACAUCCAAUCCCAAUCCAAGAAAUAAAUAGAAGUCCGAUGGUUCGCUAAGCAACAAAUCAAAAGGAAAAAACUGAUAAACCGAAACAAUAUGAAAAAAAACCCUAUAAACAUAUAACACAAAAACAUAUAUUUAUGUAUAUUUAUUCAUGUUAAAGUAAAUUACAUUUUUGCUCUAAUUGUUUAAAAUAGCCAACCAACAGAAGACGAUUAAUUAAAAGUAGCUUAAAUUCCAAAUGCUCAAUAAUCCUUUUAGCUUGAAAGUCAAAUAGCCAACAGUCAAAAUGUUACAAAAAUCAUUAAAUGCAAAAAAAAUAUA